GGCUUGUCCAAAUCAACAGAUUGCAAGAUGGCGGAUGUCGAAGAUGUCAUUUCUCAAGAAUGUGUUCAAGACCUUUUUGCACAGGCUACAGAUUACGUACGAAGCUUAAAGAACCUACGCGAUGAACAGAAACUGCUUUUCUACGGGCUAUUCAAGCAGGCUACAGAGGGACCUUGCAAGACUUCUCGACCAGGGUUUUGGGACAUCGUAGGGAAGGCGAAGUGGGAAUCUUGGCAUCAACAUGGGAAAAUGCCUCAAGAAAAGGCGAUGAAAAUCUAUGUGCAAGAAUUGUUUUCACUAGACCCAGAAUGGGACAUAAAAUACGCUACCUCUGACAGUACUCCCAUUACUCAGGAACACUCUUCCCGAUCCAGCCAGUCAAUGGGGCUGUCAGUCAGCACAUUACGCGGUGACGAAGAUGAUGUCAUCAGUGAUGGCAAUAAGACUGCUUUUGAUUGGUGCAAAGAAGGAAAUGUAAAGAGAAUGAGUUCCCUCAUCUCAAAGAAGAACAUCAAUUCACCUGAUGAACAGGGCAUGUCACUAUUACAUUGGGCUUGCGACAGGGGGCAUGACCAUGUUGUUGAUUUUCUGAUUAAAAAUAAUGCAGAUGUCAAUAUAACUGACUCUGAUGGCCAGACUCCCAUCCACUAUGCUGCUACAUGUGAAUUCACGUCAAUAGUUCAGCAACUUCUCGAUGCCCAUGCCUUAACAAACAUCAAGGACGUGGACGGAUGUCUUCCUGAAGACGCCACGGAUAACAAAUCCAUCAAAGCUUUAUUACAAUAAGACACCCACAUAAAAGAUCCCAUACUAACAACCCUAUGUAAAAUCCGACUGCACUACACUGAUGUUGAUAAGAAAUGCAUGAAGUCCUUAGUGAAAUAAGAGGCAACAGGUCACUGCGGAAAGUCUGUAUAUGAAUCUGUGACGGAUUUGGGAACGUACUGCUUUCUUGUAUAGGCAGCUCGUCCCAAUUCUACUCUGCAUUGAAUUUUACUGAAAUGAAGAUCUACUGCAUAACGUAUACACCUAUUUCAGGUAAGGCUGCACUAUUGGGGUGCGUCUCAAGAACAAUACUUAGCUACGGUAAUAGGUCGCUAGAUCCUUCGAGAAAUGUAGAAGUCCGCUCGUAAGGCCUAACAUGAUUGGCUAGAUUGCCCUCAUCGUUCUAUUGUAUUCUCGUUCUUCGUCUGUGUUGCACCAAUCCAAUGUGGUGAAAUCUUCCGAUAGCUUCUACAUGGCCCGAUCCAUCCAGAAUCCUUUUCUAUCCAACCACACAACGAAAAUUAAUCACUUUAUUAGCCUCUGACAAGGUGUCAACCAGAGUCUUAUUGAUGCAGCAAUUAUGAAUGUAAUUCUACAUUUCGGCACACGUGCAGGGUGGGGUCCGAACCCCACGGAUCCCCCCCCCCCCCCCCCGCCAUGGACACGCGCCUACAUUUGGAGAGUCCACGUGUCGUAACAAACAUUGCUUCAUUGGUAUCAAGUAGAUUUGUAAAUAGCGAGAUUCUGUCAUUUAGUCGUUAUCAGUGAUUCAACGUAGGUACGACAAAGAUUUCACCUUUUCUGAAAUAGGUGUAUUGGAGUUUUGGUUAGAGUGAUUUUCAUUAACCCGUGAACUACACUUUAGCGUUAUACUCUUUAUUGUGAUCUGAUUCUAUUGUUCUCUUUUGUGUUUUACUCACUAUUACACCUUGACUAUCACACUUUUUACGGGUUUUACGGGUUAAUGAAAAGCACUCUAAAGCCCAUGGAUUUCGUACAUGGCAGCAAAUGACUCUUAGAUGGCGGAUCAGCACACCGCUUGUUCGAACCGAGAUUUUAAACCCGAAUGACAUCUAUUUAUUGUAUAUAUAUAUAUAUAACAUAUUUGAGUUCGGUCUGAAUAUAAGAUAUAACUUACUAUUGAUAUACAUAACUAAUUUUUAUACUUUUGUACACUUUCUUGAACCCUAGCAAUCAUAAAGUAAUUGCAAAUUGUA